GAUUAAUUAUAUACUAUUUUUAGAAGAAUAAGUAAAAAAUUAGGGUUAAGAAGAAAAAAUUGCGAUGAUGGAAAACGUAAGCGGCGGUUACGAAUGGCAUUUCGAUCGUGAUGAAGAUGAUGACGUGGACGAUUUCGAUGAUGAUGAUGGAUGUGAUAUCAGCAUGGACCUUGAUUCCUUUUUUAAGAUCCUCGAUGAAAAAAAUGACAAUAAUCCCCCCCUUCAGAGUGGAUUAGCAGAUCCUUCUAUCAGUUACGCACCCUAUAACGAGUCAGUUACGCAUGUUACCGCAAAUGAGCAGUACCAACCCCUUGAUGAUCAUUCGGAAGCUUCAGUUUCUAAAACUGUUUGUUCAAGUGGUUCAUCCGAUUGUGAGAGGCAGGCAGUCGAUUAUGGGUUGACAAAGGUUGGGACUUUCCCAGAUGUUUCUUCCACACACGUUGACCCUUGGACUGCCGGUGCGACUAAUGUAGCCUCAUCGAGCUACUCUGAUUCCAGGGAAGAUUUUUUAUUAUCUAGCCAAUAUGACACUAGGGAUACUAAUUUAGAGAACUCUACUAGAGGUGGGACUUUUAGUUUUCGAGAUGAUGGUAAUUCUGAUAGAGUAUACUUUGGAACAUCCAAAGCCCCAUUUAGCGGUGUGAGUGGAAAUACUGACCUGGAGGAUAAGCCUUCUUUACCAUCUCCUAUAAACAGAAAUGGGUCAUUUUACCCUGGUCGUCACACGAUUCACAAUAAUGGAGUGCUAUCUAAAGAUAAGAUUGCACUACAACAGCAUCAUGCCAGACCAAUGUUCGGCAUGAAAGGCAAUCUCCCAGGCAUCGCCAGUCCAAUGGUCAAUAUGAAAGGCAAUUUUCCAGGCAGUGGAAGAUCCAUCAACCCUCCUGCUAAUAAUGGGUCUACAAAUGGAAGUCAUUUUCCUUCAAUUUUACCAAACAGAAGAAACAUUGUUUCUAUAAUGGAGGAGACUAGUGAUGUGGGUAGUGAAAAAUCUUGUGAUGUUGCUGACCGGCUGUUUAAUGAAUCUUUUUCUGGGGUUCCUAAUUCUAUAUCAAGAAAGUAUAAUGCUAUAAAGAGAGAACAGGACACCAGAUCAUUUGGACACUUUAACAAUAUCAAGAAUAAUCCAUUUUCUCCGAGCCAAUCCUAUGUCCAUCAUGAUAUGGGCUCUAUUGGAUGGCAAGCUUCUCUAAAUAAAGGAGCAGAGAGUAAAUCUGCUAUAUUUGCUAACAUGGGUCCUAUUGGCCAACAAGCAGCUGCAAAAAACGUUACGUACAUUGACGUUGAUGACCCUGAUAUAUGUAUUCUUGAAGAUAUGAGUGUACCUGCACCCAGAAGACAUCCUCAUGUAGCUAGAAAAACACCUAUUAGUGCUGCACAAAGGUCUGCACCUGGUACUCCUCCAGUUCACAUGGGACAUAAUAAUCCAAGUAUCAAUGAAAAUGAUGAACGCAUCGUUUAUCGAGCUGCAUUGCAGGAUCUUUCCCAGCCAAAGUCAGAGGCAUGUGCCCCUGAGGGUUCGUUGAAGGUCCCGCUUAUGAAACACCAGCGGAUUGCUUUGUCAUGGAUGGUGCAGAAAGAGACCAAAAACAUGCACUGCUUUGGAGGAAUCCUUGCUGAUGACCAGGGUUUGGGUAAAACAAUAUCAACAAUUGCUCUUAUGCUGACAGAAAGGUCGCCAUCAUCUAGUGUUCCUACUGCUGAAGUGAAAAAAGAGACUUUCAAUUUGGAUGAUGAUGAUGAUGAGCAAAAAGCCAAUUCCUGUGUUACGGAAACUAAUGGAAGUUCAGUAGAGACAAGUAACAGUUCUGUGAAUACAAAAAGUAGACCAGCUGCAGGGACUCUUAUUGUAUGCCCUACUAGUGUUCUUCGUCAAUGGAACGAUGAGUUGCAGAACAAAGUAAGCAGCAAAGCUAGGCUUUCUGUUUUGAUGUAUCAUGGUGCAAACAGAACCAAGGACCCAUCUGAGCUAGCCAAGUAUGAUGUCGUCCUGACGACAUACCCACUAGUGCAGAUGGAGGUUCCCAAACAGCCACUUGUUGACGAAGAUGAGGAUGAAACAGAAAGGCAUAACGGAUAUUUCACACCUGCAAAAAAAAGGAAAUAUCCUCCUAAAUCCAAUAAGGUUUCGAAGAAAAGGGGGAUGGUAUUUGAAGAUCUUGUCCGUCCUCUUGCAAAGGUGAGAUGGUUUAGGGUUGUACUGGAUGAGGCACAGACGAUUAAGAAUCACAGAACGCAGGUAGCUAGGGCUUGUUGGGGUCUCAAAGCUAAACGUAGGUGGUGCUUGUCGGGGACCCCCAUCCAGAAUGCCAUUGAUGAUCUUUAUAGCUAUUUCAGAUUCUUGAGAUAUGAACCAUAUGCUGUAUUUAAAUCAUUCUGCUCUACCAUAAAGGUCCCUAUUCAAAAGAGUCCCGAGACUGGGUAUAAGAAGUUACAGGUUGUCUUGAAGACUAUAAUGCUUCGGCGCACCAAAGCUACACUUCUUGAUGGAGAACCAAUAAUCUCUUUGCCACCCAAGACCAUUAGCCUGAAACAAAUUGAUUUCACUACUGAGGAGCGCGAGUUCUACUCUAAGCUGGAGGCUGAAUCUAAAGCUCAGUUUAAAGCAUAUGAAGAAGCUGGUACGGUUGAACAAAAUUAUGUUAACAUACUGUUGAUGCUGUUACGCCUAAGACAAGCCUGUGAUCAUCCUCUACUUGUUGUUAGAGGACGUAACUCAAGUUCUGAGUGGAUGUCAUCUCUGGAGAAAGCAAAAAAGCUUCCUCCUGAAAAGCGAACUUAUCUCUUAAAUUGUCUAGAAGCAUCUUCAGCUAUUUGUAGCAUAUGCAAUGAUCCAUCUGAAGAUGCUGUCGUGACAACUUGUGGGCAUGUUUUCUGCAAUCAGUGCAUCCUUGAACAUCUUUGUAGUGACGAAAGUUGUCCAUUUUCAAAUUGCAAAGCUAUGCUGAGCACCUCAUCAGUAUUUUCAGCAUCCACACUCAGGAUUUCGCUUCGUGGCCAACCUAGUAAUGGUCUUGAUAUUUCUGCUAUAGUGAAAGAGGUGAAAGCAGAAGUGAAAUCUGAGGUUCUCGAACCUUGCUCAUCCAGUGGAUCUGUUAAUUUCAAAACUGUUGAGGCAGCUGAGGCGCUUGAUUCAUCUAAAAUCAAGGCAGCCGUUGAGGUCCUGCAGUCUGUUGCUAAACCCCAGGAAAUUGCUACAGAUGAGAAGGAUGGUAGUGUGAUCGUUGUGAGAGAGAAAGCGAUUGUGUUCUCACAGUGGACAAAAAUGCUGGAUUUGCUUGAGGCUUGCCUGGAAGAUUCUUCCAUUAAAUACCGGAGACUUGAUGGAACAAUGUCUAUUCAAGAUCGAGAUAAAGCAGUGAAAGAUUUCAACACUCGGCCAGAGGUUACUGUUAUGAUCAUGUCUUUAAAAGCUGCUAGUCUUGGGUUGAAUAUGGUUUCUGCUUGUCAUGUUCUUCUUCUGGACCUGUGGUGGAACCCCACAACCGAAGAUCAAGCAAUUGAUAGAGCUCAUAGGAUUGGGCAGACUCGUCCUGUUUCGGUUUUGCGGUUUACUGUUAAAGAUACUGUUGAAGAUCGUAUUUUGGCACUUCAGCAAAAGAAGAGAUCUAUGGUUGCAUCUGCAUUUGGGGAGGAUGAGACUGGUACAAGUCGGACUCGCCUUACAGUUGACGAUUUGAAAUACCUAUUCCAUUUUUAAUCCAGGUUCUUUGAUGGUUCCAGCUGAUAUAUCGAGUUAAUAUAUCAUAUAACGACUCUAUCAUGUUAUCAGAACAAUAUGGUACAAAUACUAUAUGAAAUGAUGACAUGAUACAACUGUUAUAUUAUCUAUAUUUUCUCGGUAUCUUGAAAUUGAUGAUGAUAUACUUUAUUAACAAAAGGGGAACGUUUUACAUCGGGAAAAUUUUUUAUAUAUAUAUGUAUUUUGUCUCUGGUAGUUACUCGUCAGAAGGUUUAUAGAUUAGGCUGAAUCUAUUUUGUUGGUAGUUUUGUGAAUUUUAUCUCAUUGUAUAGUAUAGGGAUAUAUUUGAAGUCAAAUGACAUAUCAGGUGAAUCAGAUAUGGAGGUUUUUGCAUAUUUGUUGGUUGGUUUAAUGUCUUUA